AGUUUGCGACGUCGUACACGCGCUGAGGACACGCGCGUGUCCUCAGAACGUGUUAGACCCCUUCUUCGGUUGAAGCCUCCGGCGAAGCUCAUCUUGGCACACGUGCAUGCAGCUGGUCACUUGGAGCAGGGUGCCGACGUUGUACACACAAAUGUUACGGAGAACGUCGCACAAAGCGGCCACUACCAUCUUUUCGUAAGAAGAUCUUUCGCUCUUCCUGCAUCGCGGUCUGCUCGGUGCGGUCUGAAUCUACUUCCGCGUGUACACUUGUUUGUCGCUUUCUCGAGUUAAUCUGAUUGUGCGACUGGAUGCACUUGAUAUGGCUGGCGUUUAAAAAAAUAGUCGCCGCAGCAACUAUUGCCGAUUUCGGGAAAAGUCACAUUUUCCUCGAUAGUUUCUGGAUUCGUACGACGAAAAGCCAAUCGGUCGGAAUUUAGAACGAGAGAUAAGCGAGAGCACAGGGUAGGGUGGAAAAGAAGAAGAAAACGCUGAUACCUCGCCGGAGAAAGCUGGCUGAAACGUGUUACCGUUUGUUUAUGUCGAGUUUGGAAUUCGUUUUUUCGAUUUACUACGAGACGGAAAUGUGAGGCCGACGGAAAGGAGGCGAAGGCGGAGCUGGCACAACGCAAUAUGUUCCCUAGCGCUCAAAUUAAAAUGAGUAUCUUUCUCAGAUUGCUGUCGCCAAGCAGUUCGCCGGCCACGUCGCCCACAAUGUCGAAUUCUUCGUCGCCGACACCACCGACACCGGCUGCACCAGCUUAUAACCAGAAGAUGACCGGAAUACCCUGCGUGGCCGCCGCUUCCAGAUACACGGCGCCAGUACACAUCGACGUAGGUGGCACGAUAUACACGUCCUCGCUCGAAACUCUCACCAAGUAUCCCGAGUCAAGACUAGCAAAAUUAUUCAACGGCAGCAUCCCCAUCGUACUGGACUCCCUGAAGCAACAUUACUUCAUCGACAGGGAUGGCGGCAUGUUCAGACAUAUCCUAAAUUUCAUGAGAAACUCCCGUCUACUAAUACCAGACAAUUUCGCCGAUCUGGAUCUGCUUUUAGAAGAAGCACGAUACUUCGAUAUUGCGCCUAUGUGCAGGCAGCUGGAGCAAAUGAAAAAGGAGCGUAUCAAAAACGGUUCCACGACGACCACCACGAUGUCUUCUUCGUCCCCGAGUCCACCGCCAACCAAUCAACUAGGCAACCGUGGCACAGGAUGCACAACGUUACCGUGUAACCGAGACUCUGACAAAAUCCGCGCCAACGAAGGGAAUUGUAACUUCGAGUGCGUCGCCCUUCACGUCAGCCCAGAUCUGGGGGAACGAGUUAUGCUGUCUGGCGGUCGCGCGUUGCUGGACGAGGUGUUUCCGGAAACGACCCAGGCGGUAAUCGACGCUCGAUCUGGCGUUGCUUGGCACCAACAGGACGCUCGUCACGUUAUCAGGUUCCCAUUGAAUGGUUACUGCAAACUGAACUCCGUACAGGCCAUCACCAGGCUUUUGAACGCGGGAUUCCGCGUGGUAGCCAGCAAUGGUGGCGGCGUGGAAGGACAACAAUUCUCGGAGUACCUAUUCGUUCGACAGGCUAUCAACACUUGACGGAACACCGCUCAUCAGCGGAAGACUAGCUCGAGGACGGUUCGUUGCCUUCAACGCGACCAUGAUCCCGAGUGAAACUGUCCAGGAGAACUCUUCAAGACUGCGUCACGAACGAUGAUGAUCCGAUUGUUCUGGCGGACGGAGCACCUUCGUGUCCGAGCUGUUGCGCGAAGAUAAGAUAUCGUAACUGUACGUUGAUUCUUCGUUCGAGAGAAUACGAUGACCGUCGGUGAUGAAACAGUUUGUACUUUCUUGUAAUAUAGCGGUUCCCCAUGUUCUUUGGAUCGACGAAUUUUAAUUCAUUAUUUUAUCCUUAUUAAGGACCAACGUUGAGUUAACGCAACAUUUAUCGAAUUCGUUUAGUAUGUUACUUUUUUCGCCACCAGAUUUUGCAUUUAGAUUCUACGAUUUUAUAAAAUUUAAAGAAAUGUAAGUAUUUAUGAUGAUAAACUAUCAUUGCUUGGUCCUUAAUGAGUUAAAUCGACCGAUCUUGACUCUGACAAAUAGAUAGGCAGCCAUGUAAUCGUAAAUUUCAUUUCCUUUUGCGAUUCUUGUAUUCUGUGAUAUAUAUCGAGUUUCGGGGAUUCCUUUCGUUGAUAGGUUCUUAAUUAUACGAACCACUGCUGUGGUUCUAAUCAUAGCGUUGAAAAAUCUAUUACCUGGGUAGAAAGAGACAAUUAUAUAUGUAUAAUUAGGUUUUGCAGGGUAUGUAUAUUCUUGAUAGAAGGUUUCGAUUUUUGUCCAGAUUUCCAACUACAGUUACGAUAAUGAAUGACAAAUAUAACGAGUAUUUACACUUUUGUAUCGAAUUGAUGAAAUCGAUGUUUAAAUUUAAUUUAAUUACAUGAGGGAGGUCAAAGAAGAACAGUCGUUGUAUUCUUGGAAAUCAUUUGGAAUAAAAUCGAAGUUCAUUUACGCUGAAUUUUAUUCGAUAAUUCCGAACGUUUAAUGAAUCGAGUGCCUUGAGUUACUACGCGUCUUUACGUUACAGAUGUUCGACUCUGCAUAACGUUAAUGAAAUUACGACUGGUGCGGCGUGUAAUUUAUAAUUAUAAAAAUUACCGUUAAAAUCGUUUCAAUUCUUUAGGAAAAUCGGGCUAAGAAAUAUAAUCUUCGCGGUUAUGUAUCGUCGAACGGCAUCAUCACGCACGCUCGUGACCCACUUAUGCAUAUAAGUACGUCGGGUGUGCCGCUUCUUAUUUUGCUCUUAUUUAAUAAGGUGUACCUAUAUGUAUUUAAAUGCCAUAUUAAUUAAUGUAAAUACCGCGAAUAAACGUGUAUCUAUAUCGAUAUAUAAAUAUAUAUAUAAAAACUGCCGACAUCUAGAUGCGGAACAUUCGACAACGAAAUAAUUCGCGUUGAUCUCAUCGACUCAAACUGUGUUUCUAAUUAAAUAAAUCAGACAGAAGCGACCUUCUACCACGAGAGAAACGAACGAAUAAAAUUAACAAAAGGGAAAAAGAAAAGAAAGAAAGUUGUUCGUAUCGUUUCUUUUAAUUCGAAGCUUCGCUAAAGUCUCACGAGUUCUGAUCCGCUUCACCGACAGUCCCGGUUAUUAACGCGUUGAAAGAAGGAGAAUAGUUUCUAAUCUUCGAUAAGACACUUGCUACGAUAACUAUCGUUUCGAUUGAUUUAAUAAAAUGUUUAUUACUUGAAA